CGUUCACUGUUGUCAUCUAAUGUGAAUCAUUGCGUGGAAGUGGAUCAACUAUAUAAUUCAGUCCUCGACUAUGUUGGCCAUUAAUCACCGAGAUAAAACGUACCACAAACGAGAACGCGUUGCGAAUUACCAGACAGAACCAAUGCAACGGGCCAUACGUUAAUUGUCUCGCGUGAAAGCGUUAAUUCAAUUCUCGUCGCCGCGAAAACAACGAAUUGUUGUUCUGCACUAAGUUGCAUUAAGUUACAUCAACAUAUAUCCAAAGUGUUACACCAUGUGUUAUUUUUCAGAAUAUAAACGACCCGAUACGCUACAUUGUCUAACGAGUCAAACAAAUGUCUUCUUAAAAAUUUUUUACAGAACGAUCGAAUUACUUCUUUCUUACAAUGAAAUUACUUAAUAAACUGGCGGAUUCAACGGACAACAAUAUUGGCAUGGAUUAUCAUAUUCAAAUAGUUACGAAGGACGAUAAGCUUAGGAUACUAAAAUUCCUUAGAAGGUUCUUCUUCAGAGAUGAGCCGCUUAAUCACUCUAUUCAGCUAAUACCUGAAAGCGAGGACAGCACCUGCAUCGAAUUAGAAGAAUACUGCAGCAUGUCCACGCUCGAAAACAAUCUUAGCCUCAUGGCGGUUUCGACCAGCGGUGCUAUUGUAGGUGUCCUCUUGAAUGGAAAGAUGGAUCCCCCUUGCGACGAAGAACCCGAGUACAUAACCACGUGUGAAAAUCCAAAAUUCAAGAAAAUUCUUAGGUUACUGCGUUACGUGGACAAAAAUGUGAAUCGGGAUGGGCAGUAUCAGGGAUUGGAUAUCCUGGAAAUUAGAAUAAUAUCAGUAGACACUAAUUGGAGGGGCAAAGGAAUCGGCAAGGCACUCGUAGAAAAAGCUAUUGAAAUAGGGAAGGAGAAGGACUUUCACAUGGUACGCGCCGACUGUUCGUCCUCUUUUUCUGGCAAACUUUGUGCACGACUGGGCUUUGAACGAAUAUACGAAUUGAAAUAUGCGGAUUACGUUGACGAAGAUGGUGAUCCCAUCUUUUGUCCAGCGUUUCCGCACACGUCAAUCAUCACAUACAUAAAAAAGCUAUAAAGGAUACCGCAGCACGAUAUAUUUUCAACAUCGAGUACCUGUUUAGAACGAAGAGUAAUUAUUCUGAUAAACGCACUUUGAACUUUAUACUGUAUUUCUCUUUUUGGCGGUUAUUCGAACGUAUUGUAUUAUAUAUUUUUCGUUUCUUAAAUAAACCAUUAAUUUAUUUAUUACUUUUAUA